ACGUACGUUUACGUCACCCUUAAGGUCAAGAGGAAAGAAGCAUGGCCGCUGUGCUGAGAGGUUCUCUGUGCCUAGUAGGACGGUGUCGGAAACAUGUUGACAUUGCGUGCGUUUUCACACGGUCCAUGGCCUCAAAAACACACGUAGGGUUUGUUGGUCUGGGAAAUAUGGGAAACCCAAUGGCAAAAAAUCUGCUGAAGCAUGGCUAUCCUAUUAUUGCAACAGAUGUAUUCCCAGAAUCCUGUAAAGAGGUGCAAGAGCUGGGUGCUCAGAUUGUAGACAGUCCUGCAGAGGUUGCAGAAAAAGCUGAUCGUAUUAUUACCAUGCUUCCCUCAAGUCCUAAUGUCAUUGAUGUGUACACGGGACCCAAUGGCAUUCUCAAAAAAGUAAAGAAAGGAUCCCUCCUGAUUGACUCGAGCACCAUUGAUCCGUCUGUUUCUAAAGAAAUGGCUGCGGCUGCUGAGAAGUUGGGGGCAGUUUUUAUGGAUGCACCUGUAUCAGGAGGUGUGGGCGCUGCCAGUUCAGGUAAACUGACUUUCAUGGUCGGAGGAGCGGAGGAGGAAUUUACUGCAGCCAAAGAGCUUCUCAGCUGCAUGGGAGCUAAUGUGGUUUACUGCGGUCAAGUUGGAACGGGACAGGCUGCAAAAAUUUGUAACAACAUGCUUUUAGCCAUAGGAAUGAUUGGGACCUCAGAGACAAUGAACUUGGGAAUCAGACUUGGACUAGAUCCAAAACUUUUGGCCAAAAUAUUAAACAUGAGUUCAGGCCGCUGCUGGUCCAGUGACACCUACAACCCAGUGCCAGGAGUCAUGGAGGGAGUCCCAUCUGGAAACAACUACCAGGGAGGUUUUGGCACACAGCUGAUGGCUAAGGUCAGCUUAUUCACCACGCAUUCACAAAUAGGUGGGGGGGGGGGCUGUUUUUAUGGUUAAUUUGGUAAACUAGAU